UGAGGAGCUUCAACACAACUUCAACAACACGGAGGCCCAAACACACGCCUGAUGGACGCUGAGGUUUAGUCGAAGGGUAUUUUUUGCCACUGUGACAGACACAAGGUUCAUGCCAUCACACCGCCGGGGAAGGAGUCUCUCUGAGGCGCUGACCUUGGAGCGAUCAGCGGAGGGCGGCCUCGUCGUUUCCAGCAUUGACGACAGUUCUUCAGCCAAUCAGGGACUGAAGGAAGGGGAUGAACUUUUGGGGGCAACAAUAAAUUUUGAUCACCUGUCAAAAGCCGAGGUGUUAGAAGUACUGAAGCUGAUGGAGCCGUUUGAUGACAAGAUCCAGGUCCUCACCAGGAACAACAUGAGCAAGAGCCUCGGAAACUUGCACCAGAGUGCUAAGAAUCCUGAGACGAUGCUGAAGGAUUCCUACAACAAACUCUACAAUGCCAGAAUCAAGAAGUUUAUGAAAGGUGACUUGCUCAGUGCAGACGAGGACUCUGUGAACACGGAGGUUACUGCCAAGCAAAUUCUACAAAGCUCAUCCAACGUCAACCAAAAGCACGACAUGGGGUUGCCUCGCCUCGGAGUUGACUUUGGACUUUUGAAAAGCAAAACUCUGUCCACAGACAUUGGUGCUGAUUCACAAUAUGGUGCUGCUGGAGAAUUAGCAUAUGACAACAAUCUGAACCUUCCACCGUUGGGUCUCGGGCUGAAUGGGACUACUCUAAGUGGAGCUCAGGUACCAAGACUGAAAGUUGAUGCUAGAAAUCCACAGUUUGACACUCCAGACUUCCAUCUGUCCGGAACAUUACCAGAGGGUCCAAACACUACGGCUGGUAUACAACUGCCAAACAAUGACACAGUUGACUUGACAAUGCCAAAUCUUCAAAGACCUCAAAUUGGACUGGAAAGCAACCCAACCUUUAGAGCUCCAGAAAUGGGUAUGGACUUAAACGGUUCAGAUGUUAGCACCCGUGACAUGGAAAUAAACCUUAAUGGGGGAGAUAUCACUGGUCCAUCCUUUGACACCGGUGUUCCCAAAGUGGGAAUUGAAGGAACAAACAAAAUGCCAAAAUUCAAAAUGCCAGACCUGGGCCUCUCUGGACCUUCUUUGAGUGGUCCAGAAGGCGAGGUCAACACACCUGAUGUAGGAACCCCAGAUGUUCCCUCAGGUAAACUCGGUCUCAUGUAUUCCAAGAGGCUGAAAAACCCAGAUCUAAAUGUGGACAACCCUUCUGGUUAUGUAGAGUCACCCAAGCUCAGCUUGACUGGGAGAUCUCCUGACUUAGAUCUAGACAUUCCAGGUGUUGAUGUACCACAACUUGAUUUACAUGGGCAGGACAUUGACAUGCCUUCAGGGAAAGUCAAAGUGCCACUUAAGAAACAAAAGAUUGAUCCUAAAUCUACGGAUUUAGAUGUGGAUGCCCCAUUUGGUAAAUUGACUAAGCCCAAAUUUGGGUUCACAGGCAAAAGUGAAGUUGAUGUUAAAACACCAAAGAUAAAAGGUGGGAUUAAUGCACCUAAUGUAAAUCUACCAAAAGCUGGUCUAAAAGGAUCAGAUUUAGCCAUUAGCACUCCAUCGGUUGGCACUAAAGUUCCAUCUGGAAAAUACAAAGCUCCUAAGUUUAAAAUGCCCAAAUUUGAUUUACCAGACAUUCGAGUUCCAAAUUUUAAUGGAGAUUUAGAGGGACCAGAUGUGCGGUUGGCAGCACCAGAUCUCAAAGCUGGAUUGGUUGACCUAAAUGUACCCUCAACUGACUUGGAUUUUGGAAGCUCAUCUGGAAAACUCAAAAUGCCAGGCUUUGGCCUAUCUAGGCCUAAAGUUAAAGGCCCUCAAUACGAGUUAAAAACUCCAGGCAUGGAUGUGUCCGCUCCCAAGUUUAAAGGGGGGGGCAUCAAUUUGCCUGGUGGUGAUAUCAAAGGCCCAAAGCUAGACCUUAAUAGCCCUGAUAUGGAUGUUAAUAUGCCUUCUGGUAAAUUAGGCAUUGACGCAGAUGCUCCUUCUGGCAACCUUAAACUGCCAAAAUUGAAGCUCUUUGGCGCAUUACCAAAGAGUAAAGAUAUGGAUAUCAAUGCAGGGAUGAAAACACCUGAACUAGCUCAGAAAUCCCCAAAGAUAAAUGGCAUAGAUGUUCCUGAUGUGAGUGUACCAAAAGUGGAUCUUCAAGCUCCAAAUUUUGAUCUCAACUCCCCAGAUGUAAACAUUGGUUCACCCAAAGGAAAAUUUGCAAUGCCAAAGCUGAAUGUACCCAGCUUAGACUUGUCAGGUCCAAAAGGAGGACUCGAUGUGGAUGCAUCUCUAAACAGACCACGCCUACCAUCAGGUGGUUUUGAUAUUGAUGCACCUUCAUUUGAUCUGAAAGGCCCAAAACAUUUACCAAACAUGGAUCUUAAAGCUCCAAAGAUAAAGGGUGGAAUUGGUGCCCCUGACUGGGACUUACCAAACAUGGAUCUUAAAGCUCCAAAGAUAAAGGGUGGAAUUGGUGCCCCUGACUGGGACUUACCAAACAUGGACCUUAAAGCUCCAAAAAUUGAUAUGAACACUCCAAAUGUCAACAUUAGUUCACCCAAAGCAAAAUUAAAGAUGCCCAAAUUAAAGAUGCCUAAAUUUCCAAGCCUAAAAGGACCUGAGUUUGAUGGAAACUUGGAUGGCCCAGAUGUUGAUGUAAAUGUACCCAAGGUCAACCUCAAAGGUCCUAAAGCUGAUAUGGGAUUGCCAGAUUUUGAUAUUUCUGGUCCAUCUGGAAAAUUAAAAAAGCCAAAUUUUAACCUGCCUAAUUUUGGGCUUUCUGGUCCAAAGUUAGAUGGUCCUAACCUGGACCUCAAAACACCUGAUCUAGGUCUAUCUGGUCCUAAUCUCAGUGGUGGCUUAAAUGCACCUGACAUAAACAUGCCGAAAAUUGAUCUUAAAAGCCCCAAACUGGACCUUAAUACCCCAAAACUCAACUUUGGUGGGCCAUCAGGUAAACUGAAAAUGCCAGAGCUUCAUGCUCCAGACUGGGAUGUUAAUGCUCCCUCGGGCAAAUUGAAAAUGCCUAAAUUUGAUCUUUCAGGUAAAUUACCGAAGGGACCAAAUAUGGACAUAAACACUGAUCUGAAUUCACCAGAUCUGAGCCUGAAUGCCCCAGAGAUAAAGGGUGGAAUUGAUGCCCCUGACUGGGACUUACCAAACAUGAACCUGAAAUCUCCCAAGUUAGAUGUGAACACUCCAAAUGUCAACAUUGGUUCACCCAAAGCAAAAUUUAAAAUGCCCAAAUUUAAAACGCCUAAAUUUCACUUCUCAAGUCUAAAAGGACCUGAGAUUGGCGGAAACUUGGAUGGCCCAGAUGUAGAUGUAAAUGUACCCAAGGUCAACCUCAAAGGUCCUAAAGCUGAUAUGGGAAUGCCAGAUUUUGAUAUUUCUGGUCCAUCUGGAAAAUUCAAAAAGCCAAAUUUUAACCUGCCUAAUUUUGGGCUUUCUGGUCCAAAGUUAGAUGGCCCUAACCUGGACCUCAAAACACCUGAUUUAGGUCUAUCUGGUCCUAAUCUCAGUGGUGGCUUAGAUGCACCAGACAUAAACAUGCCCAAGGUUGACCUCAAAAGCCCAAAGCUGGACCUCAAUACCCCAAAGUUGAACUUUGGUGGGCCAUCAGGUAAACUGAAAAUGCCAGAGCUUCAUGCUCCAGACUGGGAUGUUAAUGCUCCCUCGGGCAAAUUGAAAAUGCCUAAAUUUGAUCUUUCAGGUAAAUUACCGAAGGGACCAAAUAUGGACAUAAACACUGAUCUGAAUUCACCAGAUCUGAGCCUGAAUGCCCCAAAGAUAAAGGGUGGAAUUGAUGCCCCUGACUUGAACUCACCAAAAAUGAACCUGAAAUCUCCCAAGUUAGAUGUGAACACUCCAGAUGUCAACAUUGGUUCACCCAAAGCAAAAUUUAAAAUGCCCAAAUUGAAAAUGCCUAAAUUCCACUUCCCAAGUCUAAAAGGACCUGAGAUUGAUGGAAACUUGGAUGGCCCAGAUGUAGAUGUUAAUGUACCCAAGGUCAACCUCAAAGGUCCUAAAGCUGAUAUGGGAUUGCCAGAUUUUGAUAUUUCUGGUCCAUCUGGAAAAUUCAAAAAGCCAAAUUUUAACCUGCCUAAUUUUGGGCUUUCUGGUCCAAAGUUAGAUGGUCCUAACCUGGACCUCAAAACACCUGAUUUAGGUCUAUCUGGUCCUAAUCUCAGUGGUGGCUUAGAUGCACCAGACAUAAACAUGCCCAAGGUUGACCUCAAAAGCCCAAAGCUGGACCUCAAUACCCCAAAGUUGAACUUUGGUGGGCCAUCAGGAAAACUGAAAAUGCCAGAGCUUCAUGCUCCAGACUGGGAUGUUAAUGCUCCCUCGGGCAAAUUGAAAAUGCCUAAAUUUGAUCUUUCAGGUAAAUUACCGAAGGGACCAAAUAUGGACAUAAACACUGAUCUGAAUUCACCAAAUCUGAGCCUGAAUGCCCCAAAGAUAAAGGGUGGAAUUGAUACCCCUGACUUAGACUUACCAAACAUAAACCUGAAAUCUCCCAAGUUAGAUGUGAACACUCCAGAUGUCAACAUUAGUUCACCCAAAGCAAAAUUUAAAAUGCCCAAAUUGAAAAUGCCUAAAUUCCACUUCCCAAGUCUAAAAGGACCUGAGAUUGAUGGAAACUUGGAUGGCCCAGAUGUUGAUGUAAAUGUACCCAAGGUCAACCUCAAAGGUCCUAAAGCUGAUGUGGGAAUGCCAGAUUUUGAUAUUUCUGGUCCAUCUGGAAAAUUCAAAAAGCCAAAUUUUAACCUGCCUAAUUUUGGGCUUUCUGGUCCAAAGUUAGAUGGCCCUAACCUGGACCUCAAAACACCUGAUCUAGGUCUAUCCGGUCCUAAUCUCAGUGGUGGCUUAAAUGCACCUGACAUAAACAUGCCCAAGGUUGACCUCAAAAGCCCCAAACUGGACCUUAAUACCCCAAAGUUGAACUUAGGUGGGCCAUCAGGUAAACUGAAAAUGCCAGAGCUUCAUGCUCCAAACUGGGAUGCUAAUGCUCCCUCGGGCAAAUUGAAAAUGCCUAAAUUUGAUCUUUCAGGUAAAUUGCCAAAGGGACCAAAUAUGGACAUAAACACUGAUCUGAAUUCACCAGAUCUGAGCCUGAAUGCCCCAAAGAUAAAGGGUGGAAUUGAUGCCCCUGACUUGGACUUGCCUAAUAUGGGCCUUAAAGCUCCCAAAUUAGACAUGAACACUCCGGAUGUGAACAUUGGAUCAAAGCUGAAUAUGCCGAAAUUGAAAAUGCCGAAAUUUGAUCUUUCAGGUAAAUUGCCAAAGAUAAAGGGUGGAAUUGAUACCCCUGACUUGGACUUGCCUAAUAUGGGCCUCAAAGCCCCCAAAUUAGACAUGAACACUCCAGAUAUGAACAUUGGAUCAAAGCUGAAUAUGCCAAAAUUGAAAAUGCCUAAAGUUAAUCUACCAAACCUAAAAGGACCUGAGAUUGAUGGAAACUUUGAUGGCCCAGACAUCAAUGCACCCAACAUCAACCUCAAAGGGCCCACAACUGACUUUGAUAUACCAGAUGUUGAUUUUGGCAGCCGAUUUAAAAAGCCACAUUUGAAAAUGCCUGAUGUGGGGUUUUCUAGUCCAGAGUUAGAAGGCCCAAACUUUGACUUCAAGUCACCAGAUUUUAAUGCCAAAUUACCAAAAGGACCCAAUUUGAAUUUAAAUUCGGACCUAAAAACUCCAGAUUUUAAUCUCAAAGCUCCAAAAUUGAAAGGUGGAAUCAAUGCCCCCAAAUUGGGAUUACCAAACAUGGACCUUCACGCUCCCAAAUUAAAUAUGGACACCCCAAAUGUCAACAUGCCAAGUUUAAAGACACCAGACCUCAGUCUCUCUGGACCUAAGGCAAAAAUGCCAGACCUGAAUCUUGCAGGACCUUCACUGAAAGGCCCUGGUCUAAGUAUGCCAGACUUACACUUGCCUGAUACCAGUUUCAAAGGUCCCAAGCUAGACCUCAAUGCAAAACGUCCUGAUCUUGGAAUAAAUGGUAACAUAGGACGACCUGAUAUGAACUUCAAUGCCCCUAAUGUCAAAGGAGGAAUAAGAGGUCCAGAUGUUGACAUGAAUGUUCCCUCAGGGAACAUCCAGGGUCCUCAGACUGAUUUUGAUAUGGCAAACAGAAAAUUCAAACUCCCUUCUUUCAAGCUGCCUCAGUUUGGAGGUCCAGAUCUUAGCAGGACAGGGUCCGAUAUUGACUUUGGUGCAUCUCUGAGACCAACAAAUCUGGAUAUUUCUCCUCCAAAUGCAAAACUGAAUAUGAAACCACCACAGUUACUGAAGGGGGAUUUCACAGGUCCGAAUGUUAGUGCUCCAAACAUGCCGAAAGUGUCAAUGCGGAAUCCAGCGCUGCAUCUCAAAUCUCCAGAUCUUGACAUUGAUGAUCCUUCACUAAAUUUCAAUGGACCUUCUUAUAAGAAUCGCAGGUCAGAUAUCCCAGGGGUAAACAUGAGAAUGCCUGACCUGGAUGUGGAUGGAAAUGUCCGACUUCAUCACACUGACAGGCAGCCACCCAGGUACAAAGACAGGUCCAGCUACCCUACGAUGGAUGCUGGUUUUGGCCACCACAUUGAUUACAAGCGUUCAGAUCUCAACAUUGAUGAUUUCACAGGAAGGGAUCACGUGCUUAGAGCCAGAGGUUCAAAACUGGACUUCCAGGCGCCACCUAACUACGGACAGGUGAUCUCCCCAUCAGGUGUUAAAAUGAGGGACCCCAGACACACCAGAAGAGUUCCUUCUGGUGAGGUUGACAUCUAUUCAAUGCACCGCAGAUCAUUGCAGCAAGUACCUAACGCACGUUUGCCACAUUUCUCUCAAGACCAAGGAAUAAGAGUCCCUGACAGUUCAGAUGGAUACUACGUCACUGUUUUCCCCGACCAAGCACAAAGUCAACGAACGCCAAACCUCAAAUAUAACUCACUUGGGGGGCCUGACUUUCAUCCAGGAAACAUUGACCUUGAGGUUCCACGAGGAAAUGACCUAAAAGGGGAAUCCACUUUCUUUUACUCCAACCUCAUAUAGGUUCCAAACCACUGAUGUUUCCAUAAGCGGUACCAAAUGUUUCUUUUAGUGUGCUUUUUAUAUUGGGUUUAUUUAUUGUGACUUGUAUGUGUAUUGUAUGAUUUAAACAUUUUUGAAAUGUGUCACUUUCUGCCUUAUUUAAGUUUUUUGUUUGUAUAUAAAGCCAAUCUUGUUGCUAACAUUAAAAUGCAGCAAUUUUUAACUUGCACUAUAUGUAAAUUCAAACUUUUUCCACCUUUUUGUAAUUUGUAUGUUUGUACGAUACAACACUUGUACUUGAAAAGUAGGUAUUCUUUCUAUGUACAUUUAAGUUAAGUUAUGGCACCAAAAAUCCCCAAAUUUUCUCUCUAUUUUACUGCUGAUGUUGAAACUCGAGGAGGAAAUUUGUGGAUUUCUGGGUACUAUUACAAGAUCAAAGGAUAUAAGUUGUUUUGUUAUAUAUUAUCAACUGAAUGUUGAAAUAUCCAAUGUUGUGCAUAUGUUUAUAUUAUACUUGAUGCCUAUACUUUUGAAACUCCCCACUUUAUUUUAUAUUAAUUGGGGAUAUACAGUAUAUAGUUCUUUUUAUAUCAUUUUAUAACUAUUUUUGCUUCAACAGAUUUUUUUUGCUUUAACAUUUUUGAGCAAUAAUAUAAUAAAUGAUCAUGAAAUGAUUAAAGAUGACUACAUAUACUAAACUAAAAACGGGCGUAAGCCAUUUCAAAUGUGACCAAAAAGCUAUUAAAGUGGGUUACAAUGGACGCACCAUAUAUCAUUUUGUUAUUAAAUUGUAUGAAAUAAUAAACACAAAAAUAUGUA